AUGUCGCGCCCACCCACCGCCCCAGUCUUCCUUCAAGAACGAGAUACUUCCAAGUCCACCGUCGCCUUCACUAACGCCUGGAUUCAAGACGAGCAGACAGUCGAGGCUGCAUUAUCGGGCGUUAAGAAGUUCCUUACUAUCGUGAAGGAAGAGGAGCUGGAUGGACGUAGGCGUAAGCUUCCGUUCGAUCCUAGUGUUGCUCUCGCAGAGGAGACGUUCAGGUUUGCAGGGUAUGAGUUGAGGAAGCCGUUUCCUGGGGAAAGAAGGUUUUCUAGGGAGAUCACUCAGCCGAACAACGGGUUGAAGCAGACGAAGCUGUGUUUUAAGCCGGACAACGGGUUGAAGCAGGCAAAGCUGUGUUUUAAGCCGGUGAAGAAGGGAGAUGCCGGUGAAGGUAGUGGGGAUGGUGGGGCUGCGGGAGAACAGGCGGGGGAAGGACAGGGUGUAGGAUCUGGUGAGAAUCACUAG